AUGCAGUGUUUUUACUGGGUGUUGGCAGCGUUACUUGUCGGUGAAGUGACAUGUCAGAAGGGUAUGAGCCUCGAUGAAAAAGUCAGGACUCUUCAGGAAUGGAUGUACAAAAGACCGUUGGUGAAUUUGAAUAUGGACCGUUGGAAGAGUUACGUGAGAAGUUCACCUCGAAACUAUUCAAUGAUUGUUAUGUUCACCGCACUUUCGGCCAGUGUCAACUGUCAUAUCUGCAAACCAGCCUACGAUGAAUUCUAUAUUAUGGCGAAUUCGUAUCGUUACGCUUACCCUGAGCUGAAGGCGUUGUACUUCGCGAUCGUCGAUUACGAGGAAGCGCCGCAAGUGUUUCAGUCAAUGAAUUUGAAUGUUGCUCCUGUGCUGUUGCAUUUCCCGGCAAAAGGCUCUCGAAAGAAAGCCGAUCAGAUGGAUUUCACUCGACAAGGUUUUGAUGCGGACAGUAUGGCGAAAUUUGUCUUUGAUAGAACCGAAAUUCAGGUGAUUCCUAUUCGGAUGUUUAGAUGA